AUGGCAGAAGUUGAGGACAGGGCUCAGGCUGAGUCUGACCAGAGACUCCUCUGUGACUACUCCCAGACACACCCAGCCUACCAGUCCCAGGACACCUCCAAGGGCACACGCAGCCUCCUUCUCAGAAACUUCGCUGCAAGCUCAGUCCCUGCUCAGCGAGCCCUCCCCUCGGGUGGUUCCCCACAAAACUUCCCAGUGCCUGCACUGGUGAAAGGGCGGCGGCAGGGCCCGAGGCUCGCUGAGACCCUGCUGCCGGCACCUGCUCCGCGUCUGAGCCCGGCUGCUCUGCUGGGUGGCCCGAGCCUCCGUCGCUGCGGGCGAGCAAACGCGCAACCACCAAGGGCGUGCGAGCCCCAGGCGCCCCUGCAAGGGGCACACCACGCUCACCCCGAAAACGCCGAACGGCCAGGGGCUUUCCCACGCCCGGUAAACUGCCACGGAAGUUGCAAAGGAAAGGGCAGCGUGUGGAGAGGAGGCACCCCCCGGCUUAGAGGACGGUUCCAAGAAGCGGAAAAGAAAUUUCUGACAAUCAGAAAGAGAACUCGCACACAUGCCCCCCCAGGGGACAGACGGGUGAACAACAAAGGAGCGGGGAAGGUGGAGCUGCAUCCAGACCGAGGGCGAAAUCGCUGCCCAGGCAGGGGCGGCACGCGGCGCCGACCAGCGCGGAGCGCGGGGAGGGCUCGGGGUGCGGGCGGGCGCCCCGAGAAGGGGAGGGGCGGGCGGCGGCUGGGGGCCUCCGACUCCGGAGUGAACAGCCUGGGGGCGAGAAACUUAGGUCCAGCUCCGUGGAAAAGUUCAGUGACCUCCAACUUCCUUGGACCAUUUCCACGCAGAACCCUUCCCGUUGGUGGGCAGGAGCGCCCCCUCCCAAGGUCCUGCCGGUCCAGUCCCCGGCUCCUCCGGGGGGUGCAGAGCGGGCCUGCCUGGGCAGGGGGCCGGGAUGGAAGAGUACCGUCGCAUUUAAAGAGAAACAGACCCGAACCGGGGGCUAAAGGAACCAAUGGAGCGAGUGGGGGGUGGACGGGAACCAGUCCUGAGCCCAGUGCUGUCCACGGACAAGCCCCGGACGUGGCGGGGAGGAUCUUGGCUGUCAGUGGAGGAACCUGGAGGCUCUCUGAGGGUCGCAAGGGGCCAGGUGAAGGCUCUAAAGGAGACCCUGUUUCCCUGGAAGCAGUAAGGAGCACAAAAAAUAAAAAUAAAAAGCCCAAAAAACUGAGUCAAACUGGCAUUUCGAAGGCCUUCUAG